AUGAGGGAAUACACUGAGUAUUCUCAUUUAGUUGCAGCCCUUCUAGUGGCAGAACAAAAUGACGAGCUCCUUAUAAAAAACCACCAGGCACGACCCACAGGAACAAUGCCAUAUCCUGAAACUAAUGCCAUGACCUUUAAUCGUGGGCGCGGUGGCUUUAGUCAUCUCAAGAGACGUGGUGGUCAUGUUCAUUUUGAUGGUAAUAAUGGUUAUGCUUGUUUUGAUAGUCACAAUCAAGGAGGAUAUCAUGGUCGAAACCUUUUCCACGGUCGAAACCAUUUUCAUGGUAGAGGACGUGGAAGAGGUCAUGUGAAUAGUUAUACAUCCCCCAGAUAUGACCAAAAUAAUUGGAAUCGCAAAGAAAAGGGUAAGUAUAUCCAAGAAGGUCCCUCAAGGAAUUAUGAGGGUAUAUGCUACAGAUGCGGAAAGACAGGUCACUGGUCUAAGGUGUGUAGAACACCAGAACAUUUGUGUAAAAGACAAAUGGCAUAUGUUGAAGAAAAGGGAAAAGAAGUGAAUUAUAAUGAGAUUGAACCCAUAAAUGAUAAUACCUAUUUUGAAACUACUGAUUUUGUUGGAGGUGAAACAGAUUAG